AUGGAAAGUGCCGUGCUGCAACCGCCAAUCCAGGAAGGCCUUCAACGGCCAAUCCAGGAGAGAAGGCAGGUCAUGCAAAUGGUAUGGCCAGCAAAGGUGUUCAAGCCCAGAAGAUGGUCAUUGGCAUGUGCAGUCACAUCUUCAACGUGCAGCUUCAGAGGGCUCCGGCAGAAGUGUGCAAGAACGUCUUUCAAGGACAUAAGAAGUGAGCUCCGGAAGAAAGGGGUUGAAAGCUUGCAGCGAGCAGGCAUUGAUGCAGAUGAAGCCAAAAGCUCUGUGAAAUGGAUGCUGCAAGAGUUAGAGCGCCGCGGCAAGCCAGAUCAAGAGACCUUCAUGCAUUGGGUGCACAGACGUGCAAAAAGGGAACCUUUGCAAUACAUCUUGGGCUCUUGGCCUUUUUACCCUUUACCUAUCGAGCUUUUGGUUCGUGCACCUGUCCUGAUCCCCCGCCCAGAGACGGAGGAGCUUGUGGACCUGGUCAUCUCAGAGGUACAGAUCAACAACUUGUGGCCCAACCGGUCCUGGCCUCUGCGGAUUGUCGACUUUGGCAGCGGCUCCGGGGCCAUGAUCCUUGCGCUGCUGCAUACGUGGCCUAAGGCCACAGGCAUGGCGGUGGACCCUGCAGAAGCGGCCAUCGCUUUGACAUCGGAGAACGCGUUGAGAUGUGGAGUGAAAGAGAGAUUGUCGCUCUUUCAUGGGACUGCCAAAGAAUUUGCAGAAGCAUGGUCAGGCGACGACUUUGACUUGAUUGUGUCGAAUCCACCGUACAUCCCCAGCCUGGAGAUUCCUAAUCUUCAACCCGAUGUCCGAGAUUUCGAAGAUCACGGUGCACUGGAUGGCGGCCAGGAUGGACUUGUCGUGGUGGCGGAAGUGCUGCAAACUGCCAGAGCUGUGGGAGAAGUAGGUGCUAGAAUCUUCCUGGAGGUACACCACACUCAUCCAUCCGUGUUCGAAGCGUUGGAGGAACGAGCAGCCCCUUCAUUAUUGGCAGCUUUGGAGGGACUUCGGCUCGUCCAAACAGUGCAUGAUGCCUAUGGUCAACCACGCUUUGUGGUGCUGGAAGUCCUUGAUAAGGCAAGUCGAGUGGAGGAUUCAAGAGAGAAAAAGCAAGAAUUGACUCCCUGA